AUGAGGCCAAUGCCCGGAAUGGUUGGUUUAAUUGCUUCCAUUGACUAAUUUGUUAAGGUAAAAGGGUAAGUACUUUGCUAAAGUUAGGUCGGGUCGGGUCAGAUAAUUAAUGGUAAUUUGUCUGUAUUGAUGAGUUCGAGUCAUGAAUCAUUCUCCUGACGCUUGGGAUCAUAUGCUGUUGAAAGAUAUUGUUGUUAAAGUGGCAAAUGUUGAGCUUUAUUAUAAAGUUGUUCAUUUCUACUUGCAAGAGCAUCCGGAUCUUAUCAAUGAUGUUCUCAAUGUUCUUGCUCUAUGUGUUGACCAUACACGUGUGGUCGAUAUUAUGCGAAAGGCGGGCCAGCUUCCUCUUGCGAAACCAUAUAUAGUUGCAGUUCAGAGCAACAAUGUAUUUGCUGUAAAUGAGGCAUUGAAUGAAAUAUAUGUUGAGGAUGAAGACUAUGAUAGAUUGAAUGAAUCUAUUGAUGUGCAUGCCAACUUUGACCAGAUUGGUCUUGCACAAAAGAUCGAGAAACACGAGCUCCUUGAAAUGAGGCGUGUGGCGACAUAUAUUUACAAGAAAGUUGGUAGAUGGAAGCAGUCUAUUGCAUUGUCCAAGAAAGACAGGGGUGUACAAGGAUGCCAUGGAGACUGCCUCACAAUGACCCAGGGUAUCAGCCUUUGGGCUGAAACAUCAUGA